AACUUCUGGAACAAUAGAACUCUCGAGAUAAAUAAUGAUAUCGAUUGUGCUCACAUAAUUCCAUUUAAUAAAUUUUACACAGAAAUCCUUGGUUAAACGUAAUUCAAACUUAUAACAAUCUUUAGCCCUUUAUUUAAAUUCCUUGAAUUAGCAUUUAUGGAAAUAAUUCAGAAGUAUUGCUAAAAUCAUCUUUAAUAUGAUUGGUGAAUUGAAUGAUAGGAAGACAAAAAGGGCGAAAAGUGAUUUUGAGAGGAAAAUUGAUUAGAGAGUGUUUGAAUAUUAAAUUAUAUUUUACUGUGUGAUUGGUUCCUCUUGA